AUGUCCAUCAAGGAAACCCUCGAGUGUACUGCCUCCAGCUGGCUUAAAGACUUGGAAACCCGCUCCAUUGAAAACGUUGUGCCCAAAUGGACCGAAGAUAUUCACUGCGCAGUUCAUCCGGAUACGAACGGUUCCGCACCAAUGGCCGUGCAGCGAAUAUUUUCCAAGCACUUGAAGUCGUUCAAGAUCACCAUCAAUGAAAUGUUCACCGAUGUGGAGAAGAGGACGGUGACUAUGGUGUGCACCAGCAAGGGCGAAACGGCGGCUGGGUCGUACGGCACUGAUUGCCUGUUCGUGGUGACUAUGACGGAUGAUGGAAAUAAGAUUCAGAAGUUGGCUGAAUGGAUUGACUUUCAGAAAGGUCAAGGCGCACUCAGCAAGGCUGUGCACUAA